UGGUAGCAGCGAGCGAGGUUAACUCGAGUAAACCAGUCAACUUCGUAUGACGGUCAGUUGCGUCAAGUGUUCAGUGGCGCCGAUUGUUGCUGCACAAAUUCAUCCAAUUCGGAAUGGCGUCUCUCCAUAAUGUAGGAAGAUCGCUUGCAAGAUGCACAGUACAGAAUGUUGCGAGAAGGCCGAAUAUCCAGUCAGUUCGAUGUCAGGCCUCUGCUGCUGCUGUGAAUGUUCAGCCAGUGGAAGAUGAGCCCGCAGCGCCGAUGGUGAAAACUCCCAUCCCGGGACCCAGAUCCAAGGAGCUGUUGAAGGACCUGGAAUCAAUACAGAACUCUGAAGCUGUUCAGUUCUUUGUGGACUAUGACAGAAGCCAUGGCAACUACAUCACAGAUGCUGAUGACAAUGUUCUUCUGGAUUUGUACACCCAGAUUGCUUCAAUACCCAUUGGCUAUAACCACCCAAAUCUGCUGGCAGCCAUGAGGAAACCAGAAAACCUGGGGCACUUCAUCAACAGACCUGCACUUGGAGUGUUUCCUCCCAAGGACUGGGCUGACAAGUUACGGAAUACUCUCUUAACUGUAGCUCCACCAGGAAUGUCCGAGGUUCAGACAAUGGCCUGUGGAGCUUGUUCCGUUGAACAUGCCCAGAAAGCGUUGUUCAUUGAAUACAAGGCAAGGCAGCGAGGCGGAGCACCCCCAACUGAGGAGGAGCUGAGUAGCUGUUUGAUGAACCAGGCCCCUGGAAACCCUGAUCUCAGCAUCCUCAGCUUCAAAGGGGCAUUCCACGGCAGAACUAUGGGUGCUCUUGCAGUAACACAUUCAAAAGCAAUCCACAAACUGGAUUUCCCAGCGGAUUGGCCGACAGCCUCCUUUCCAAAGCUGAGAUAUCCCCUAGAGGACUUUGUGCAGGAAAACAGGGCGGAAGAAGACAGGUGCUUGGCAGAGGUUAGAGAUCUGAUAGAGAAGGGCCAGAAGAAAGGCCAAUCUGUGGUAGGCAUUUGUGUGGAGCCCAUCCAGUGUGAAGGGGGAGACAACCACGCAACUGCAUACUUCUUCCAAGGUUUACAGGAUAUUGCCAAAGAGAACACUAUCGGCCUGAUGUUUGAUGAAGUCCAGACUGGUUGUGCAGCCUCAGGGAAGUUCUGGGCCCAUGAGCACUGGAAUCUGAGGGAGCCCCCAGACAUUGUGUCCUUUGCCAAGAAGAUGCUGACAGGGGGAUUCUACUACAGACAGAACUACAGACCAAAACAGGGUUUUCGUAUAUUCAACACUUGGGUUGGUGACCCCUCCAAGGUGACCUUGCUGGAGGAAGUGGUCAAGGUCAUCCAGAGCCAGAACCUUGUGACCAACAUGGCCAACUUAGGGGAAUACCUGCAGCAAGGGCUCAAAGAUGCACAGACCAAGUUUCCUGGGGUGGUAAAGAAUGCCAGAGGCCUUGGAACCCUGUGUUCCAUUGACUUCAACAACGCUGCCGCUCGGGACAAGGCACUCCUGGCACUCAGAGGGAAAGGAAUCCAUGUUGGGAGUUGUGGUGAUGUUUCCAUCCGCCUGAGGCCAACUCUGAUCUUCCAGAAGAAACAUGCUGAUUUGUUUUUUGAUUGUUUUGAUUCCGUUUUGUCUUCAAUCAAAUAGAUAUCAGGGAGUGUUCAGAAAUUCCUAAUAGCUAUAGAACCAGCGAUACCUUUCUUUAUUGUUUUCAGAUCUACCAAUUAAAGGAAAUAAUAAUAAGGCAUAAUAAAGAAGUUUGACUGCA